AUGGUCAUGGAAAUGGAAAAAGGACAGAUCGGAAUUAUUGGUGGAACUGGCCUGGAUGAUCCAGAUAUCUUAGAAGGAAGAACAGAAAAAUAUGUUGAUACUCCUUAUGGCAAGCCAUCAGAUGCUUUGAUAUUGGGAAAGAUAAAAAAUGUGGACUGCGUGCUGUUGGCAAGACAUGGAAGGCAUCAUACAAUUAUGCCAUCGAAUGUCAAUUACCGUGCCAAUAUCUGGGCAUUAAAAGAAGAAAAUUGUUCGCAUGUAUUAGUGACUACUGCCUGUGGUUCAUUACGAGAAGAAAUACAACCUGGUGAUCUUGUCAUAAUUGACCAGUUCAUUGACAGGACAACUAAAAGACAUUGUACUUUAUACGAUGGGCAGCAUUCCACUCUUUCAGGAGUAUGUCAUAUUCCAAUGGCAGAGCCGUUCUGCACCAAAACCAGAGAGGUUCUUAUUGAGACUGCCAAGAAGCUUGGGCUCCAGUGUCAUUCCAAGGGGACGAUGAUCACAAUUGAAGGCCCACGUUUCAGUUCUCGAGCAGAAAGCUUGAUGUUUCGCAGCUGGGGAGCUGAUGUUAUCAACAUGACCACAGUGCCUGAAGUUAUUCUUGCAAAAGAAGCUGGAAUGAGUUAUGCUAGUAUUGCCAUGGCAACAGAUUACGACUGCUGGAAGGAACAUGAAGAAGCAGUUUCAGUGGAUAAAGUUUUAAAGACGCUGAAAGGGAAUGCAAAUAAGGCUACUAGCAUACUCCUUACUGCUAUACCUCAGAUAGGUUCCAUGGAAUGGACUGACACCCUGCACACCCUGAAAACAACAGUGCAGUGUUCGGUCAUCCUGCCAAAGCAGUAACAACCUGGAUGGACCUUGAAGUUUGGGUGCUCACAAGGAACAGUGUAUCACUUUCGAACUUCCAGAGGUUAUAGUAUCUUCAAAAAUUGUUACAAGCAUAAAAGAAUGGAGUAAACCUUGACCGAUGAUAAUGUAUAAGACAGCUUUUACAAUCUUUGUCAUGCUUGAUAAUGUAUAAGAUGGCUAAAGUUAGAUUUUGAGUAUGUUUUAAACUUGGAAUAGCUUUACUGUCAAGCUGGAUCAGACAGUGGCCGAAGAAAAAAGUCAGUAGCAAGUUGUCAUCCUCUAUUUAGUGAUACCUUUUAGUUGAUGGAAGAAAGGAAAGGCUGGGUAAUAGUCUGUUGCAGUUUCAUAAAAUAAGAUCUAAGAAAGCAGAUUCACAGAUAUGCUAUUUGCUUUGCUAUUUCUGCCUCCCAUCAUUUCCUUCAACAAGGCAAAUGGUUACAGUUCACUUCAGAAACAUACCAGAAAAACUGGACAGACAAUUUAAAAAUAAAAUUAUACUAUUUUUAUACAUUAUCCAUAUUUUUUAUUUCAGUGAUGUUUUUAAAAAAGCAGUGUUUUUUGUUUGUGUGUUAGAAAACAUGAUUUAGUAAUUGUGGUGGUUCUUUCACAGCAGCACUUGUGUAAUGAAUGUUCUCAUUAAAAAAACUUAGGUAAUACCUAAGCCAAAUUUGUGCCUGAAGAUGUACUUUGGUGACUUACAGAACUGUACAGAAAAGUACUUUGCUGCCAGCGUCCUGAACACUCUGCUGGCCUUUUGCUGCUUCAUUGAUCUGAACAACUCUGGUUUUUGUUUCUGUUUUAACUGAUGAAUGUGCUCAAGUGCUUUGAACAUAUGCGUUUUAUUUUUUAAUACAAUUUGACUUCAAUAAAAUAAUCUGCUGCCUCUUGUCUAGUAAAUAAAACAAAUGAAACCUAU